AUGAUUCGUCCGACGCGAUGGCAGCCGGAGAAGAAAGGCGAUGAAGCGGGAAUUCGCAGUCCGCAUGCGUCUUUCCUAGACUCUCCCGUGAAUUUAACGUUAACCAGCCAAACGGCAAGGACACAGAGGACAGUGCCGCCGGAAGCUGAAAAGGGUGUGGGUAGCAACACGCUGCCAAGCAUUUAUGAGGCGAAGCCGAUGAACGCAACGUACCCUCUCCGAUACAACCAGACGGGGAUGGGCGAAGAAAAGGCAAAGACCACAAAUUUAAAAACAGUUACGCCCAAUGCAACCAUCACGGAGUCAUAUGACAUGACGCAUUGUCGUCCGAAGCUCAUGCAAAGAGUGGCGGCACAUCUUGCGAGGGUGGCGAUUGAUCGCCAAUCCAACGUUUUCCCGCUUGUCAUCAACGAUCCAGAGACAAAUGAACCACGGUUAAUGCCGGAAGAGGAAAAACACUUCGCGCCCGAGAAGAAAAUUCUCAUGGCACCCGCCUUGGGCAUUGCUGCAGGCGUGAACGUCAUAGGCGGCCAUUCCCAAUGCUUUGUGAUGUCCCGGAAGGAGGCGAAUUGGCGGAUGCAAAAGGAACGAGAGUCGAACCGUCUUAUCUUUUCAUGGUGGGAAUCACGGAAUGCGUGCCGCCGAAACGAGGAGGAAAUUGCGGUGAUGGAGGGGGAGCUGCGGGAUCCACUGUGGAGUUUUUUUCGAAAGUCCAUCACGGAGGAGGAGGCGCAGUGUCUAAUUGAGCUGAAGGAGACGAAGACACCGACCUCGGGCCAGAUGCUUUUGAAGCCAACAGGAGCAAAACCGAAGAGUGGCGUGGAUUUGAAUGGCAGAGGGUCGUCCUCUUUGGCCUUUGUCCCUGCAAGCUCGGACCGUGGAAUUUCAAUGUCAUUUGAACUUUAUGAAAGACUUUUUUUUCGGGUGCUUAGUCGUGUACAUCGGCAUUUUUUGACGCUGCUGCGGUGUCGGGCGACGGGCGCAGCGGAGGUACCGGAAAUUUUACUGGAUUCACGCUCACAGGGCCACAACUAUGUUCAGCUCCUGCUGCAAUCCCAGCUGGAAAUGAUGGAGGCAGGAAAAUCUUUAUCCAGCGGCAAUGAUCCUAAGGAAAUUUGCUUGCCGGUUGUCUCCAUUCCAGAGGAACGCUGUUUCCGGCCGAUGCUUGAGGCCGAAACAUCCUUUGCUGUUACUUUGCUUUGGUGCAUUCUUGAACAAGUGAGAUCCAUGCUGCCUGGCACGGCCUUGGCACUUCAGCUGUACGUGCGGUAUGUGCUGCCCCAUGUAUAUGAAAACUUUGCCUUUUACGAGAAGCAGUUACCGAAGGCAGGGGCUAUUGGUGAACAGGUUGAACAGCUGCACGCUUUGCCCCUUAACCUUGUGCGGCAGCGAGCCAUGACUGUGGCAACGAAACAAGCAAAGGACGACGUUCAUUAUAUGGAGGGAUUUCUAAAGAGUUGGGCGUGGCGCACAUGGCGGCGUAGUGUGGUUGGGCAAAGACAGCGCGAGCGCGCAAUGAAACUUCUAGAGGCUAGGUUUAAACGCCUUUACAAAGUCAUAUGGUUGCAGAAGUGCUUUGACGGAUGGCGCCUCGCCGCGAAGGAAGGGCGAUUUGUUGCCCAGCUUGACGUUAUUGAUGUGAGUUACAAGUCGUUUCUCUCCGGCGCUCGACACGCCGCUCGCGAGGUGCAACUCUUUCCGGAGCUGGGCGAAGGCCUGACAAGUGGCAGCUCUACAGCCCUCGACAAGAACAAGUUUGUCGCCAUGAAACUUGCGGAAACGGCGCAACACACAAAAGCAAAGAAAAAAUCCGUGUCACUUGUGGAGGCAGAGCCUGCAGAGAAGCAGGUGGAGAAGCAGAGGGCAGAAAACAAAGAAUCCGCUUCUUCCUCCAAUUCCUUUUUUGCGCCAGGAACGAAAAGAAAGUCUGUUCUGAUAAAGAUGGCACUUGAGGAGCCGCCAGCGCCACCGCCUCCAAAGGACUUGAAGGAGGAGACCUCUGAUGAGAUAAGUGAGGCAGAUGAGGUGGCACCAAAGAAGGCGACAUUCAUCACUUCUGUUCCUCGGGGAGUCAGAGAAGGCAAGGAGGCAUCUCCCCUGCAAAACCGUGCUAUCACAACCUUUGAAGGCAUGCUGCAAAAACUGCGGGAGAUGGAAAUGAUCAGUGGAUACUUGCGCGAAGAGAUUGCCAUCCAGAACAAACUCAUACAGAAAUUGGAGCGUGAGAACAGCAGCCUAAAGAGCAAAACACGCGAUCUUGAGUUGAGUCUUUUUAAUUCCGAGGAAGAACGACUGCAGUAUUCCAACCUUCUACAGGAGAAGGAAUUAGAUAUACGUGAGCUGGCGCGUCGCAUCACUCAGCUGAAGUCUCGUUUGCGUUGCCAGACGCAUAGACCAUGGCAGCGCACAGUCAUGCGUGUGAUUGGGGAGCUUUGUGGUGCCUCUACAUCCGUGUCAGAGCGCGCGGAUGACCUACAUGUUGCCCGCAAGUUGGUGGCUUCUGCGGCGCACAAGCGCAGCAACACGAAUGAUUCUUCCAAUUAUGUGGAGAAAAUGGCGACAGGCUCUUCCGAGUUGCGCGCAAGCAGGAAUACGGCGCCAUCGAGAGUAGCGGAGGAGGAUAGCAUGGUUGAGAAUGAUGAGAACAGCAGCAUCAGCAGCACGGGGCAUUCUGCCACUGCAGAGCCUGGUGCGGAUGAGGAACGGCUAUUUGGGAAAAUUGCACCACUUGUCAUUGUUUCUACGCGUGAUAUGCCCGAUGCACAGACAAUUUUACGCGAUUGGGCAAACGGUUGUUUGGAGGACUUGGAGUCUCUUGAUGAUUUGAAGGGAGGCACCCUCUCGGCUCGAUUUAAUCAGUUUUCGGACGAGGUGCGCAACGGGGUGCUUUUCAGUCGGCUGCUCUUCUACUUGGCAUUGCCACGGUACCAAAACAAAACGGCCGUGGCACAAGCUGGAACGGAAGAAACCAAAAAUAAAGCGUCAUCGCAAUUGAGCUUCACGUUACACCGACAGCAAUUACUGAUGCAGAAGAAUGUGCAACUUGAAACCCCUUUUCCGACGUACUCGGAAUGUUUUGGUGAUCUGCUCAAUCUUAAGCCGUCAGGGCGCAUGUCACUUUUACUGCAAUUUGCAACGGAACUAAUGGAAGGACAAGAACAGCUUGGAGACGAGUAUAUAAAAAAGCAAAUGGCCCUUAUUCGCGAAGCUGCCGUGAAGGCAACAGAGAUGGUGCCAUUACCGUCUGUAGAUCGUGUGGAGAUGCUAGAAAUCAUUGAUCCUUACGCCUUGUCUCGGGGAGAUCGAAGUGCAACAAUUACAUUUAUUGCACUCUUAUAUGUACGCUUCUCACACCCCUUUAACCAUAAGGCAAGACAGAGUGCAAUGAUUGAGCGUGAGGCAAUAUUAUAUCUCCUUAGUGGUGGUACCUAUUCGCUACAGGAUCAGAAAAGUAUUGCUGAAGUGUCGAAGGAGCCAGAGUCGAAAGAACAACGUUCCACCGAAGAUGAGGAGUUUUCUAUCGCGCGGAGGUUCCUGACGCAGCUGGAGGAAGAGGAUCACACUCCAUGGCAACUUUUUUUGAGUCACUGCAAGCCGUUAAUUAACACCAUGGCGCAUCCUUUUGUUUUGCGUGGUAACUUUUGGCCCAGCGUGGCGUUUAACUCUCCCGAAUUGGCCCAAAUGCUUGGAUCCCUUGGUCUUGCACUAAAUCGCUCCCUCGAAGUUCACCGAUGGCAUAUUAUUGUGUCAUGUCUUGUGCCAGUAAAAACAUUUAGUGGGCUGAGUCGCGGUACUUUUACCGGGAGCCGUGCCUCGCCUGUCGCCUUGCAGGCCGGGUUAGAGCGUGACGGAGAGUGGGUUUUUGCGAUGGAAAUGCCAUGCGUCCAGGAGAUGUUUGAGCAGCGAGAGGCGGUAGUACGUGAGGCCAUCCAGGCGGGAACUCUGGUGAAAAGUGGCACAGGGGAAGGCUAUGAGUGGAAAGAUGGGAGUGAAUUUAUCGCAAUGGAUAAAACUCGUUUGUUGUCUUCCAUUGGCACGUGUGUUAAUGACCUUUUGCAACUUUUCGUGCAACGUGGCAGUUUUUCUGGCUCCUGUGCGAUGCCGGCUCUUGAUCUUGGCAGUUGGCGUCUUCUUUGGAUAGACCUUGGACUCGUGAAUCCGGACGAUACGGAAAAAUCAGUACUAGACCUGGAGCAAAUCACGCGCAUCUUUUGUCGUGUUACAUCAAUAGCGGUGGAGUCGAGGAAAGAGGCACGAACCUCAGAUCCCAGCGUUGAUGCAUGGGGCCCACAGCAGCUGCCUACAUUUACAGGCGUACUGUACUUUUCUGAAUUUCUUGUGGCAGUGGUGCUCCUGGCGCAUGAAAUGUUUCCGCCGCUAGGUGAUAAGAUAAAAUUGAACGAGGGAGGUGUUGUGUGGCUUGCUGAUGCUCUCUCAAACCUUGUCUUUCGCUAUAUAGGGCCAAUUUUAAUGACAAAUGCUGCGGAAGACCCAGUACGCGUUAUAAGGAGCUUUCGGGCAAAUGUAAAGACUGAGCAAGUUCUCAUACGGCACAACAAGGCACUGUUGCUGCUUUUCAACACGUAUUGCAAGGAUAUCUGUGGUGUUUCAGGAAUGGAACGGGAAAGCUUGUUGCAGAUGCUUCGCGAUGCAAUGCUAACAAGCACAGAUAUCUCACAAAAUUUGAUUUAUGAACUUUUUAUGCCCUUUAGUGUCACCCGGAAAGCGGAUGAAGGCAGUAAGGAAGAGCGACGGCGUGAGCAAGAUGCCCGUCCACGUGAUUUGACGGUACAACGCCGCCGUGGCAACGUGAACAUUCUGGACCCCAAUUCGGAUGUCCAGUCGCAGACGGGAAAGUCGAGGGAAGUUUCUGUGCUUCUCUACGAUGGCUUUAUUGAAUUCCUCUGUGUUUUAUGCCAUUUUAAACAGCCAAAUCCACUGAUACCGUUUGACCAACGACUGGAAAUCUUUUUGCGCCGCGGCCUAUUACGCCCCUUGGCCCAGAGAAACGAUGCGCUUUCGGCUAUUAUGUCAUUAGAGAGGAGAAGUUUCAAGCAGGAAGCUUGA